GGUGGCGCUGUGGUGUUCAGAGUAUUUCCGUACACACAGUCGACACGUCAUGCUAGCGGAACACACUAAGAUCAUCUGCUCGUGUGUUCAACUGUCUUCGUAAUUUUGAGGUUCAAGCUGACGGACGAAGAUGAGGCUGCUCUGUGUAUUUGCUGUGGUUGCUGUGGUGGGUCUGGUGGCAGGAGAAGAAGGGGCUCGUCUGUUGGCCUCCAAGUCCCUGCUAAACCGAUAUGCUGUAGAGGGACGAGACCUCACCCUGCAGUACAACAUCUACAAUGUGGGCACCAGUGCUGCGCUAGAGGUUGAGCUGUCUGAUGACUCGUUCCCCCCUGAAGAUUUCGGCAUUGUCUCUGGAAUGCUCAAUGUGAAAUGGGAUCGUAUUGCUCCAGCUAGUAAUGUUUCUCACACAGUGGUUCUGCGCCCUCUGAAAGCUGGAUACUUCAACUUCACCUCGGCCUCUGUUAGUUAUCUGGCCCAGGAGGGUGGACAGGUUGUGGUUGGUUACACAAGUGCUCCAGGUCAGGGAGGCAUCCUGGCCCAAAGAGAGUUUGACAGACGCUUUUCUCCACAUUAUCUGGACUGGGCAGCUUUUGGUGUCAUGACCCUUCCCUCCAUUGGCAUUCCUCUGCUCUUGUGGUACUCCAGCAAGAGGAAGUACGACUCACAGAAGAGCAAAAAGAACUGAGUUAUCUUAUACAGGAUAAAACCAAUCGGGGAUCAUUGUGGGAAUGGAAGGAGGCUGGAAUGGAUGUGCAUUAUGGUUGGCGGAAGUUGAGAAUUUUGUUUUUGAAUAAAUGAAUUACCCAUAUUGGGGUAAAUGGUCAGUGAAUUAAUCUGCUUUUAAGUGAGGUUGAUCUUCAUCAGAACUUUUGAGGAAUAAGCAUCAAGCAGGAGGAUCACGAACUACUUUUGACAUUUAAAGUGGUAUUUUCAGGGUGACUUCAUGUGCACCAUCCUUUUUUUUUUUUUUUUUUAAAUG